AAGCAAAUGAUACCACCUUACCGACGAAAUUUAGAUGAUUUCACCAGAUCUUAAAACUUUUUCUCUAUGAAUGCGUUCAUCUAGCCUCAUUCUCCAAAAAAGAAGAUACGCUAAAGAUAAGAACUCGAAACCCUUUGACCCAGACCCAACGGCGAUUUUUGUUGCAACAACCCGAAGCGAACCAACCGUAGGACGAUCCCUCUCACCAGUGAGAGACCACACUGAAAAAUGUCUGGCAUCCCAUUCACCGCAGGGAGCGAAGCAGCUGGUGGCUGGCCCCCGCAUCGCGGUCCCCGUCCGGCGUUCGAGCCUGGGCCGGCGGAUAUCAAAGCUGCCAAGAAGGCCGAGAAAGAGGCAGAGAGGGAACGUCGGACGCAGGAAAUGGGGCCGUCAUUCGCCGAAAGCAUUGUCAAAACCAUCAAGACCAGCAUCGUCGGGAAGGUGCUCGGUUCCGACGCAGGCAAGCCUAAGAAGCACAGGGUUGAGCGCAAUAGGGAUGGCGUUCGUCAAAGCGAAGCCAUCAGACUUCCACCAUAUCACCAUGUACAACACGACCCCUGGUGCUUUGCAACACAAUGAUCGUCAAGGGAAACAAAGGAACUUGACAGCUUUGCAUUGCGAGGUAGACAUCCCGCUAGAUAAUCAUGCAAAGUCAAUCUAUCAAUCAAACAGACUGCGUCUGCCAUUCAGCGUGCAAUUGUGCACUUCCUCGACACAUGACCUUGCUGCGCCCAAGGAUACGGACCAACCUUGACUCACC